CCUCCAUGGCGGCGGCGGCAGGCGGCGGCCGGCCGAUGCCAGGUGCACAUGUCACCUUUGAGGACUUGUUGGAGCGGGAAUGGAGCAGCAAUCGACACAGUGUUGGCGGCACCGAUGGCACGACCCAGAGCACUCGUCACGUGGCAAAGAAGCCGUUCUUGAAACGCGGUGCUCGUGGCUGGUGGAAAGAUAGCGGUAAAGCGAAGCCCGUGACAUAUACCUUGUCGAGUACCCACGACGAAGACCAAGGCGAGUCCGCUGCGACAAGGACGCCAGCAGGGCAGCAGCAAUCUCCUGUCCAGCCUCGGCUUCGUCGAACACAUCCUCCCUCCGCAACUCUCAUUGCUACUUCCAGCAACGCAAGCACACGGCAGGUCAUGCAUACGCUUCCUCCAUCCGAAUCCCGAUGGAGCGACUUGGAAUCCAAGCCACGUCGUGAAUCGAGAGUCUUGGGUGCGUCGUCUUCGCGGUACAUUUCCGUGGCCCAUACGUCCCCACCGUUGAUACCGAGUACGAGCAACAGCGUUGUCGUUCGCGAGCAGCUCUUGUCGACUUGGUCGACCCAUGAUAGCGUCAACGACGACGAUGUGAACCAGCGCCAUCAUCCCGUCGUCCCCUCGACCUCACAUUGGCCAUCUUCCGUGGCUCAAUCCUUCGACUGGAAGCUUGAACAAGACGCACAAGAUUUGGAGGAAUUCGAGUCGUUGGAGCAGCAACUCUUAGAGCAACACGAGCAACUCGCGACGUCAACCGACCACUGGGAUCCGGGCGACUCCUCCCCGUGGACACUGCACCAAGAAAACGAGCGCCGCGACCUUCUUGCUGAGCUCGAUGCGUGGAGUCGGGAGGACAUCGCUUCGAACGCUGCCCCGCCGCCUCCGGCGCUACCGGUGUACGAUUCAGCCAAGCAACUCAACGACACUUUGUCCAACCACAGCUUCAUGUGCGACGAAGGCGAACUGGGCCAUCAAUCUUCCAUUCUGCCACGCUCUCCAGGCAGCCAUGUCCAGCAGGACAAGGAGCGCAGUUUAGACAUGAGUUUUGCCGACUCGGAGCCGUGGGACGACCCAAGACCACCAUGUACGACCAGCAACUCGGAGGGCGCUGCACACCAACUCGACGCUUCAACAGGAGCCCCGACCAAACAUGGCGAAGUCACCACGCCCGAACCUAAAUAUGUGGAAGCGUCCUAUGUCCAGCAACGGUUCCAGCAAGCUGCCGCCAACCGAACGCUUCCACCUCCGUCUUCAUCGCUUCAAACGCUCAAGAUGAAACUCAAGCAAAAGGUGGCAGCAUCAGCAGGGUCAAGGUCGAAAAAUGGGUCGAGUGGUGGUGCCGCCAAGACUGCAGCGAAGACCAAUCCUUCGCAUCCGUUAGGAAAGCCCAAAAUGGACAAACCGCAUCCGCCGAUUGCGGCGUCGUCGACCCCCGCGGCGGCGUCUCCACUCUCGUCGAGGCUUCCUCACUACUCGCCCGCCAUUGACGACAAGUUGCAGGAGCUGGAACACGAAGUCAAGCAUUACAAGCAUGAGACACUCAAGCUGCAGAAACGGCGGGAGGCUCUUGAAGCCGACCAGCGCAAGUUGGACCAGCAGAGGCACGAGUGGCUCGAGGAAAAGCGAAAGGCCCAGGACGACAUCGACGCCGAGUGGAAGAGGAUUCGAAAGGAGCGGCGAGCAGUCGACCAAGCGCUCAAAUUUGGCGGCAGCCUGCCCGACAGAAAGGAACGUGCCGAAAUCGACGCGCUUAAAGCUCAAAUUGUCAAGUUGCAGAUGGACGACCGAACGAAAACGUCGAAACACAAAGCCGCGACCGACUUUUUCAGGCAUCGAAUCGCGGAACUCGAGAUGCGAAACGACGAACUUCGCGACGAGUUGAAGUUUAUGGAGCAGGAACGGCUGGCCAACUGGGCCUGGGCCAACGAGACCCAGCCAGACAAGCGGCAAACACGCCAUUCUCUCGACUCUCCGAUCGCGGGUGCACCGACGACAGCGGCUCCCGUUCAAAGCCGCGUGGCGCGAACCAAACCCCUCAAGUCCCAUGGCAAAAGCUGGGGAGAUGACGACGUGUACAACCCGGCGCACUACCAAAUGCCCGCGCCGGCAACAUCCCACACGCCGCAGGACGUUCUUGCAAGCCCUCGAAGCAGAAGGAGCAGUUGCGAUGAUGACGCAGACUCCUUGCACAAAGGCAUGGACGACGCUGAGCAAGACGGCGCCUCUCCACGUCGACACGAGGGUGCUGAAAGACCGGCUUCGUCGCCCCGCGUCGCCAAGGACGGGAAGACCGACGACUGGGAAGAAAUCCACCACGCUGGCGGCAAAGUCGAGCGGCGGUUUUCGUCGGGCCCGAUUGCCAAGACAUUUCGAUUUGCAAAUGGCACGGAAAAGGACGUGUUUGUCGACGGGCAUUCGGUCGUUCGCUUCUCGAAUGGCGACGUCAAAGAGAAUUACCCAGCAGCAGAAGGCGGCAAGACGGUCUACUAUUAUGCCGCGGCCCAGACGCGCCACACUACGUACGCCGAUCAGACGCAAGUGUUUGAUUUCCCCAAUGGCCAGGUCGAGAAGCACCAUGCGAAUGGAGCGAAAGAAAUCACGUUUGUCGAUGGGACGACGAAGCGCAUUGAAACGAACGGAGACGAAUGGAGCACGUUUCCAGACGGCACUCGCAUGGUCGAGAAGAAGUCGGGAUUCCGCGAAGUCAUCAACCCGGACGGAAGCAAGGCGAGGGAUUACCCCGAUGGCCGCACGACGUGGGUAACCCCCCAAGGCGUCGAACAGCCUGUGCAAUACAAACGAUCGACGGUUUAGCCUCAUUGCACGAUGACUGGUUUUGUGCGCGAUGCA